AUGCUGCAGUCUCCCCGGACACUGACAUAUGUGGAAGAAGCUUUCCGCUUGAUACAAGAAAAGCCCAACGUUCGAGACAUAGUUAUAUUGAAUGAUCUUGGACAUCCGGUAAAGAGUACCAUGAGUAAUUCAGCAUCCGUGGAGUUCGCGGGACUGGUCCAAACCUUACGAGGAAGAAUAGACCGUGGUAUGCAAAAAAUUGAUCCUACUGAUGAACUAUUAAUGCUGCGAAUUCGUACAAAAUUUCAUGAAAUACUUGUAACGCCAGAUGCAAAAAUAACAGUCAUAGUCGUACAAAGCGCCGACGAUAAGUUUGAAAACGAGUUGUUUUAA